AUGGUUAGAAUUAGCAUCAGUCUAGCAGGGCAUCCAGCCACAACACAGGAUCUCUACAAUCAAUUCUCAUCAGCUGUUCAAGAGCAUCGCACUCAUGAAGGCUAUCUCUAUAAAAGAGGUGCACUGUUGAAGGGUUGGAAGCAGCGCUGGUUUGUUCUUGAUUCCAUCAAGCAUCAGCUUCGAUAUUAUGAUCACAAGGAUGAUACUCAUUGCAAGGGAUUUAUUGAUUUAGCUGAGGUCAUGAGUGUUGCACCUGGCUUACCUCCUCCUGUUCCGGGUGCUGCACCAAAGAAAGUUGAUGACAAAGCAUUUUUUGAGCUCCGCACGAUGAGACGCAUGUACAACUUCUGUGCAAAUGAUGCCACUGCUGCUCAAGAAUGGAUUGAGAAGAUACAAAGCUCUCUUCAGUGAAGUUCACUUAGCCAGUCUUUUCCUUUGUAUCAUCCCAGACUUUUUGUCCUUUUUGCGAAGAUUCUUAAAUCUCAAUGAAAGAGCACAAGGAUGGUAUGCAGUACAUGACAUGAAGAAAAUAUAGCUGUUUGAGUAUUAAGAUUUAGUUCAUUUGAGCCCUAGUCAUCUAGUCAGUUUUAUUAAUUGGUCUCUAGAAUGUCUGUUGUAUGAUCCUCUGUAUUUGAUAACUUUUGAAAGAGUCUGGGAUUUUUAAUUGGGCUGCCAGUUUGGUUAUAUUAAUUGAUCAAAUAGGUCAAAAAAAGUUCAAAUUUUAGUUGAUACUUGAAAAAUAAAUCAUAAUAUUAGUGAAAUACAUAGCUCCCAUGUUUCCCCUGUGAUGAACCUUACUGAUGUUGGUAAUGCAUCUGUCAUAUGUUGUAACGUACCUGUAAGGUGCAGGAACACUGAAAAUGAGAUUGAGCUGGGUUGGGUUGGGUGAUGUGGCAAUAUCUGUGAACCAUGAUAGUGUAUGGAGAAACUGUGUGCCAGAAUUAAUGAGGGAAUUAUGGUUAGCUUAAAAUUUUAUCACUGUAUGUACAGUGAACCCUUGAUACACUGCUACUUGGUAUACUGCCACCCUCACCACAAACUCUUUCCUGAGAACACAUACCAUAAGCUUACUCUAAGUAAUGCCCUUUUGUAGUGCCACCCUCGCAAGCCACCAUCUGCCAACUCCAUCAUUUGUACGAGCAUGCUUUUUUGCACAUCCAAUUCCUAACACAGCUAAGUGCAUGUUGCCACCAUGAGCCAUGAAGUGAACUCAGCCAUGAAGUGAAUAGUGCAUUGGACAAUUGUAGAAUAUCAGAGGAGACUAAGGAUGGUGAUGUAAGCUUCAUGUCUAUGUAGUAACUUUGUCCUUCAGAGAUUUCAGUAUCAUAGCCUCUUGCAUACUGCAGUUUAUUUGAUGUGGCACCACCUGCAUUAAGGUGCCAAAAUCAGCAAUGGCCAACAGUAGUGUCAUAUCAAGGGUUCACUGUAUUAAACACUGAAGCAGUCCACAGUAAACCAUAUCACCUUUUUUUUUAUAGCAAUCCCAAUUUUAAAGUUAUUAGUUACUGUUUAGUGAGUUAAAAAUUGAAGUAGGUAUGAGACUAAACCAAGGAGGCUUAUUACAGACAUUGUGCUCAUAGAGUGAGAGUGUAUAGAGAAGGGCUGGCCCUACUCUAAUUUUUUUUUCUAAAUCACCUCUCUUCUGGCUGUUUCAAUUGCUGUCUUCUCUGUACAAAAAGAAACAUAAAAAAUAGGAAGUUUAUUUCAAAGUUGUGAGAUUUCAGUGACUGCAAAGCAUAUCAGUUAAACUGGUUUUUUGUUCUCUGUUGUUCAUCAUGAUCUCAUCCUCCCUUAUCACAUAAUACCAAAGCGGUAAUAGCCUAUAGAAUAUAUCGAUCUCAUAUGAAGCUGAGUAAUCCAUAUAAGGGUGAAUGGAAUCAUGGAAUCAUGGUAUCAGGAGGAUUCUCUUAUAUUGGGCUGAAAUGAAUGAAGGCUUCAGCCCUCAUUCCAAGGAGGAUAAAAUUCAAACUUGAAGUUGUGAGGUUCUGUGGGUCUUUGAAAGUGUCCUUUAAAAUAAGCAAUAUGAUGAAUGGAAUCAUGUGACUACAGUAUGAUGUCCUGCAGCUUGCUAGAGUUUUCUUUCUAAAGGGAUUAAUAGUUAAUUACAUAUUGCAAAAGGUUAUAAGGAUUUCUUCACACUUUUGUAAUGCUCACAUUGUCAAGGUAUUAAAAGUAUGGAUUUAUGAAGAUAUACAUGUGUGGGACAUUCAGACUAAUUCAUUUUAGAGAGAGACAUGAGUCUUUUGAAAUUUGGUGUCAGUGGAGCUGAUGCAAUCUUUCAUGAUCCUUGAUAGAGUCUUCGAACAUAUCUCACUGCACCAGGGAUUUCUUUGCUUUCCAUUAGAAAAGCCUCUUCAUUUUGGCUCACUUUGUGUUAAUGUACAUUUUGAGACACCUUAGCUAGGUGCAGCAUUAUGAAGCCGUCAACAACUUUGGGUUUUGAUUGAGUUUCCUGGAGGCUACUUGAAUGGGAGGCCUCCAUCAUCCAUGACUUGUGAGAUAUAAAGACCGAUAUUCUUUCAUGAAUCUUUCUUGAUACUAAGUUAUUGCUUUUUUAAGCUCUGUCUUCCUGGUCUCUGCUUCACUUUGGAUUCAGGGAUUGACUGCACUAAAUCCUGAUGGUAGUAAUUUCCCAUAUUUGUUCCUUCUCUGAUCAUGAAAUUAAUAUUACCCAUUAAAAAUUAAGUGGUAAAAUCUGAGCUUUCACCAUUCUUAAUGUAGUCCCACUUUCUUAUAUUUCCCUCUAAGGAUAAUCAUUCAAGGCU